CGACUUCGGCAUCUCUCUAUAUACCACUGCAACACACUGCGAGUAAUACCGACUCGCCACCGCGCAGUUGUAAUAUUGGCGCUGAAGCAAAAUUCGUGCGCUCGCGCAGGCACUAUAGGCAGGCAGCAGUGCUGCAACUCGCUCUGGGGCCAUAUAUACAAGCAAGCUCUUUAUAACAACACAACAGCCACCUGUUGCACACGCAGCUACGGCGAACGCGCAUUUCUUUGCUCUCCCUCGCGCCGCGCACCACAUCGGACUACACGACUCCGUAAACUCGUGCGCGUGCAACGAUAAUAAUAAUUGUGCGUGCGUAUGUCGGUGCUGUUUAUUACGCGUGUGUGUGGCCGUACGAGAUCGACGAUCGCUCGCGAAGUCGUGGUGCGAGUCGCGCGCGGUGUGUGUCCUCAGUCAGUAGUAUAGCGCGCCUCGUAUAGUGCGUGUGUGUUGUCUGUGUCGUGUGUUGUGUUUACGUCGCGUUUCUGCCUGCGCGCGACAAAAAUUCGUAAAAAAGUAUAAUACAAUCGAAAGAAAAUCCACAGUGUCCGUGUUCCGUUAAAAAUAUAUAUCAAAUAACAAAAGGCCACAACGAUGGAGAACGCCAUGAACGGCAGCAGCAGCAACAACGGCGGCAACAACGACAACAACGACGAUCAGACGACGGACGAGGACGCCUGCGUCAACAACGAUCAUCGCAACAACGGCACCUCCGCCUCUGGCGAGGUACGCACCCUGCUGUCGCGCCACAAGACCUCGCUGCUGCGCGAGCUCUCGCAGACGAGCCUGCUCGGUGUGCUGGUGAAGCGCUCGGUGCUCAGCGAGUUCGAUCGUCAGGCACUGUACGGGCCCGGGGCGAGCGAGCCCGACGUCGAGCUGUUCAUCGAGCUGCUCCAGGCCAAGGGCUUCGAGGCUUUCAGGGAGUUCUGCUUCGCCCUGGAGGCCGAGUGCCCCCACGUUCUCACGGAUCUGCUGGUCGAUCAGCACGCCCUCACAGAGCAACAGCAGCAGCUACAACUGCAGCAGCAGCAACAAGAAUCCGCGGCUAAUCAGCAGCAGCAGCACAACGUAAACAGUAAUCAUCACGGUCAUCGUCAUCGGCAUCAUAAUGCCACCGCGGAUUCCUCGAUGGACCAACAGCAGCAGCAGCAGUCACAGGAUAGAUCCAGCUUGGAGCAAAAUGAGACGACCACGGGCUCGAGCAGCAGCGGCAACAACAUUGGAGCGGCGAGUCGGCGACAGGCGAGCUUUCAGGACGAGAGUCACUCGCCACUACCGCCACCGCCGCCCGCGACGACGAUCGUCAACGACGACGACGACGACCUCGACGUCGUCUGCAAGGAUCUCUCGCUCGCGAGCAUCGGCUCCGUCACCGCCGCCAACAACAACAAUCAGAUGAUCAAUCACAGCCACAGCCACAGCAACAUUCAGCAGCAGUUGAACGUUCUGCCCUGCGGCAACAACAAUCAUCUCAACAACAUCAAUGACAUCAACGGCGCCGGAAACAAUAACAACAACAACAAUAAUAACGUCGCGCCGAUGCUCGAGGUUCUCGACGAACCCGUCGACGAACCGCUGGGCGAGGCGGCAUGGGAGAUACACCAGGUCGUGGUGACGCGCGUGCCCGGCUACGGCUUCGGCAUCGCCGUCAGCGGUGGCCGGGACAAUCCGCACUUCACCAACGGUGAUCCCGCUAUAGCCGUAUCGGACGUGCUCAAGUCCGGGCCGGCGGAGGGCAAGCUGCGCGUCAACGACCGCAUCAUCUCGGCCAACGGGCUGUCCCUCGAGGGCGCCGACUACGGGGUGGCGGUGCGCGUGCUGCGCGACUCGGGCUCCACCGUGCAGCUCGUGGUGAAGAGGCGGGCCGGCGGCGCCACCGAGCCGCCAAUCAACUGCCAGCAGCAGAGCUCGAAUAAUCCGAAUCUGGCCACGAGCAAUCCCAACAACGUCAUGAUGAUGUCGUCGCCCUACGGUCAGCUGCAGUAUCAGCAUCAACAUCAGGGCUCGUCGCCGGCGCAUCAUCAUCAUUACUCGUCGUCGCACCAGCAGCAGCAGCUGCAGUCGACCUCGCAGAACUGCAGUCCGAGCAAAGGAGGAGGCUCGUCGAUGAUGCAUCUAACAGCCGCGCAUCAACAACAGAGCACGAGCCACAGGCUGAGCCUCAGUCGACCGAGCAAGAAGGACGACUUCGGCAUCGUGCUGGGCUGUCGGCUGUUCGUGCGCGAGGUGACGCGCGAGGGCACUGGCGCCCGACCGGGCGACCUGGUCACGCGAAUCGCCGGCGUGCCCGCCGAGAACAUGAGCCUCAAGGAGGCGCGCAAGCUCAUGGACCAGUCCAAGGACAGGCUGGCGGUGGUGGUGCAGCGCCAGGAGACGGCGACCACCAGCUCGGCAACAUCCAACAACAGCCUCAUGAUGGAUCCGAUGAUGAUGUUGGACUCGAACGGCGGUGGCGCGGGAGCAUCGACCAGCUUAUCCAUGGAGAUCGACAGCAAGCCGUCCGAGCGAGGUGGACAGAACAGCGUUUCGCAGUCGGCGGCAGCAGCGGCAGCAGCAGCGGCGGCUGCUUACAGCAGUCAGAAUCUGUACGUGCCACCGCCGACUCGGCAAACGGCGACGUCGACGACAACGAGCAUCGAGGACAAGAGUAAUUUGGCGCCACGCGGACGCAGCCGAGGACCCUUGCCGAUCGUCACGGGCGGUGCCAGCGAUCCGCUCACGGGUCUCGAGCCGUCGAGCACGAGCCUCAACAGCAGCGGCGUCAUCGGCAACGGCCUGGGCCAGGACGGACAGCAGCCACCGAGACCGCCUCCGCCGCGCCCCGAGGACUACUACUCCACGGGAGGAGGAGGAAAGUCGAGCGGCGGCACUCUGCCCGAUCCGCGCUACAUCAGCUUCCAGAAGGAGGGCUCGGUGGGCGUUAGACUGACCGGCGGCAACGAGACCGGCGUCUUCGUCUCGGCCGUGCAGCCGGGCAGUCCAGCGGCCGUGCAGGGCCUCCAGGCCGCCGACAAGAUACUCAAGGUCAACGACAUGGACAUGAAGGGGGUGACGCGCGAGGAGGCCGUGCUCUUUCUGCUCAGUCUGCAGGAGCAGAUCGAUCUCAUCGUCCAGCACCGGCGCGCCGAGUACGAGCAGGUGCUGACCUCCGGCAAGGGCGACUCGUUCCACGUCAAGACGCACUUCCAUUACGAGCAGCCGGACAAGGGCGAGAUGAGCUUUCGCAGCGGCGACGUCUUUCACGUCGUCGACACGCUCCACAACGGCGUCGUCGGCUCCUGGCAGGUGUUCCGGAUCGGACGCAACAAUCAGGAGGUGCAAAAGGGCAACAUACCGAACAAGGCGCGCGCCGAGGAGCUCGCCACGGCCCAGUUCAACGCCACGAAGAAGGAGAUGAGCGCCAGCGAGAGCCGCGGCAGCUUCUUCAGGCGCCGAAAGGGCAGCCAUCGACGCUCCAAGUCUCUCGGCAGGGAUCACUGGGACGACGUCGUAUUCUCCGACAGCGUCAGCAAAUUUCCAGCCUACGAGCGAGUUCUCCUCAGGCACCCUGGAUUCAUUCGUCCGGUUGUGCUGUUCGGUGCGGUGGCGGACUUGGCCAGAGAAAAGCUUCUCAAAGACUUCCCUGACAAAUUCUGCUGUCCGCAAUCCGAGAGCCAAAUCGACGAAACGACCAAGAGUCCGAAAACGUCGGGUAUAAUUCGUUUGAGUGCCAUCAGAGAAGUCAUGGACCGAGGCAAACACGCGCUCCUGGACAUAACGCCGAGCGCAGUGGACCGCCUCAAUUACGCGCAAUUCUAUCCGAUCGUCAUAUUCUUCAAAGCCGACAACAAGCAGAUAAUCAAGGAGAUGCGAGCUGGUAUUCCAAAAUCGGCGCACAGAAGCAGCAAAAAGCUGCUGGAGCAAAGCCAAAAACUAGACAAAAUCUGGGGCCACGUGUUCAGCUCCGUGAUCACUCUAGCCUCGCCCGAGUCCUGGUACAGAAAGCUGCGAGAGCUCAUCGAGUGGCAGCAGCAGGGUCCACUGUGGAUGAGUCAGACCAAGCCCGAAGAGGCGCUAUCGGAUGACUUCCUGUUCCCGAUGACUUCUCGCCUGUCCUACGCCUCGUCCCCGGAGAGCGACCUGGAUCUGAGCGGGCCUGCGGCGCCGAUGCCCGGCACCCUGGGACUGCCGUCGCGUCUGAAAAGCAGCUCGGAUCCGAGCAUCGCCACCCAGGACGACCUCGCGGUGGCGCCGCCGCCCUACACGGGCUAUCACAAUCAGCUGCUGCAGUCCCUCAACGGCACCAACGGCAACGGCAACAAUAGCAACAGCGACACUCUGCAGUAUCAGCUCGAGAGCGCGGCGGCCAUACAGCAGCAGGUCUUCGAGCAUCAUCAGCGACGCCGAUCCCAGCACCAUAAUCAGCACUACCAGCAGCAGCAACAGAACUCGCCGCAGCAGCAGCAGCAGCAGCAACAACAGAGCCUGUACGUCCAAGGUGGCGGCGGCCAGGGACCGCCGGAUCUACCGCCGCGGCUGGAUCGCAGCACCAAGCCACCCACCAGUCCGUCCAGUCGCAGCGCGACUCUCGGCCGCUCGGCUCAGGAGAGGCUCAUCAAUAAGACCGACUCGCUGCUCGACGUCGGCAAUUACAUCAACUCGUCGCCCCAUCGCGGCGCCAACACCAGCGCCACGUUGGACCGCAGCCAGUCGACCAAAGUGCAAGGAGGAAGCUACGACAUGGCGUCGCCCUACGACGCCUACAACAACACGUCGUCGUCGUCGAACGGCGGCGCCUACGCCGGCAACAACGGACUGAACACCUCGACCGGCAGGCUCGGGCCCAACGUGCCCGACGAUCUCAAGAGCAGCAGCCUGUGCAUCUCGUCGCGACCGCACGAUCCCUACAGAUUCACCCGAUCCACCGCUAUACCCGUGCAGGACAGCGCGCCGACAACGACGCGUACCGAUUACGCCAAAUACAGUCGAACCGGCGAUUACAAGACGCUGCCCGCGAAUCAGCCCAAGUCCGGCACGGGAACCUACAAGCCCGUACCGCCGCCCAAGCCGAAGAACUAUCGACCGCCCCAGCAGGCCAUCGCGCAGGACGAGAACAACGGCAACGGCAUGUACCAGCACGCCAAGAGCUACUCCAUGGGCGCGUCGCAUAACAUGCACAACGGAAACGAUCAAAACGGAAUGAACGCGCAGCGCAACAGCGGACAGUACUACUACAACAUAACGCCGCAGGGCAGAAGUCACCAACAGCAGCAACAGCAGCAGAGCGAGGGCAAUUACUCGAGCGGCUCGAGUCACGCGGCUGCCGCUGUCGCGUACGGCAACAGCCAGGGCUCGCAGCACAGCCACAGCUUGUCGCACUCGCAGCUGAUGUCGAGCCCGGCCUCGAACAUGCCCAUCAUGCCGUCGCACUCGUACAGCGCCAGCAGCGCCGGCCUCACGUCGCCGCCCCACGUCUCCUCCCAUGGCUCUCGCUCGGCGGCUGCCAACAACAACAAUUCCACCGGUGGCGGCAACGUCACCAUGAACGGCCACAGUCACAGCAGCAGCCACAGCGGCCUGGGAUUAGGUCAGAACUCCAUGACGGCCAUCAACAACAUACACAAUCGCGAGCCCAGCACCCUCGACUUGGCGGGCAGCCGAGAGCAACGCGGCAGCGCCUUCGAGCUCUACCGGAAACCCCUGCAUCACCAUAACAUGAGCGAGCCCAAUUAUGAUAAUUGCGUAACGAAUGCAACGGCCACGAGCGUACUAACCGAUUCUUUGGUGCCGGUUAAUUGUAGCAGGCCGAUGGGGAUGGCACGAGGUACGUUCGAUAGCGAGGGUGGCGUGCUGGAAGGGCCGGGAGGCGUUACCCUGAUAAUACCUCCCGGCGCCUUGCCGCCCGACAGCCAGCAAGAGAUCUACUUCACCGUAACCGAUGCCAAUGGCGUCGACUUUCAUAACGAUGGCACUCGCGGCCAUCGCUCCUCGAUAUCUCCUCCUAUGCACAAUGGUGAAUCCAUGCUCAGUCCACUGGUCGAGUGCGGCCCCAAAGGAUUCGUCUUCUCGAGUCCCGUCGAGCUGAGGAUUCCACACAGAGCGACGCCGGCGCACAGACUGGCGCUCAAGGCGACCGACAACGAGAACCAGCAGGAGGCCGACUGGCUCAACGUGAAGCUGCCGGACCCCACGUCCGAUCACGUCAUCGUGAAACUCGACCAUUUUUAGAUUAAUAUAUUAUUUAUUAUAUAUAUUUGACCUGUGGUGCACACACUUAUUUAAAAAAAAAAGCAGCAUUUACUAGCAAGUAUACGCUAUCUCUGCUAAAAGUAUAAAUUAGAAAAUAUUAUGCCGAUACGCGGGAAUCGGUUCAUUGAAUAUUUUUCGUAAUGUACUACUUUAGCGUGAUAAUACAAAAAAAAGAGAUUAUAUUAAUUUUGAAAAAUUGUAAAAAAAAAAAUACGUAUCCGACAAUGGAAUCGAAUGAACGUGGUUUUACUUACGAGAUUAAAAUUGAAGAAUUGCUCAGCUUCGCCUGCACCAUUAGGCAAAGGCAAUUCUGAAAUUAAUUAGCUCUCUAUAGAUCGUAUCGGAGUACAGUAUAAACGACUUUCAUGAUUCUUAUUGAUAUACACAUGGAAUGGAUGAAAAAUUUAGUUUUUUGUAAAAUCACUAAGUUUUGCAACAUUCCAUCGAGGUUUUUCUGUUUUUCUUUUGCAUUUAUCUGCAUUUCUCUGCGGCCUAUAUUUUUAGUUUUAUAAUUCAUCGAUAAUCGGUGAUGUACCAUCCGUGUAAAUAAUGGCUAGCGAGAUCAUAAUGAAAUACCAAAAGAACAAAGAUCGACUGUGGAUCAACAAUAAUAUAAUUAGCGCCUACUUGACAGUCAUGACAUCGAACGUAAUAUUACUCGUAAGAAUUUCUAAUUGUGAUUUUCGUUUUUUAUACUUUUUUUAUUUUUAUAUGUACGUCAAAGUUAUGUUGUAUAAUUUGCGAUGAAAAGAAUCAAUCGAUUAAUGGAAAAUGUCGGGAAAAUCUAGAAACAAUUUAUAGUUUAUAGCUUUAUCAAAUUGGCUUCCAGGAAUUUUCCUAGUCUUUUCACGUACUUUUUUUCCGAAUACUCGUUGCAUAGCAUAUUGAAUGUACAAUUUUGAAGAAACUCUGUUAAUGUUUCGUAAAAAGCAAUAAUAAUAUAUAAUUGAUUUAUAUAUAUGUAAAAAUUAUGCCCUUGAAUUGUUUGAUUGCUCUACUGCGAUUAAUUUAAUUAAUUAAUAAUUAUACAAUAAGAGAAUUUUAUUGUAAGGUGUUGAAUCUCCUAGGAUUAGGAAAAAUUUAAUUAUUCAUGUGUUUCCGUCGAACAUGCAGGUGAUUUUAUCAAAAUAAUCUAUGAAAAAUACAAAAUAAAUCAUUUAUUUUAUUUGUAAUAACAGAAAUAAAUAUAUGUUGCUUGAUUGUUCAAAAACAUUCACACAAAA